AUGCCCGGCGCGGAGGAGCGGGCCGCGCGGGCUGCGGAAGGCGCCGACCCGGAACCCUGCGCCGCCGACCCGCGCCUGCGACUCCUGGGGGCCUACGUGACCCGGAGCCUGCGGCCGGCCGCCGGCGCCUGGGAGCNNNNAGGCGGGGGCGUGGUUAUCCCCGUCCUGGCCAAUGAGAAGAAUCACCUCGACUGGCCCCACGUGGUAUGCCAAGACGUCCAGCGGCACGCCCACAGCCUCCAGUGCGACCUCCUGGUUCUCCUCGAGCAAGUGAAGGGGAAGACCUUGCUGCCUCUUCCCGUGGGCGCAGAGAAACUCGAGCUGGCGGCGUCUCAGAGUGAGAGCGUCUUGGACUGUGCCGAUAAGUCCAUCGUCUACGCGCUUGAGUCAGCCGUGAUCCAGUGGAGCCGCCAAGUUCAGCUGGUGCUCAAGAGAGAGUCUUCCCAGCCCCUCCGGCAAGGGGAGAGCCCCACCCCCAAGGCGGAGCUGGAUUUCUGGAAGAGCAGGUCUGAGGAUCUGGAAUACAUUUAUGAUCAACUGAGCGCGGUAAAGGCGAGGGGCGUGGCGAGGCUCCUGGACAGGAUUCAGAGCAGCUACUUCCCAGCUUUCCAAGCCAUGUUCAGAGACGUCCGAGCAGCUCUGACAGAGGCACGGGACAUCCACACACACCUGACGCCACUCUCCCGCCACCUGGAGCUCCUCGAGAGCCUGGAGUUUCCCGAGGUGAAGCCACGGCUGCGGCCCCUGCUGCACGUGGUCUGUCUGAUCUGGGCCACCUGCGAGUCCUACCGCUGCCCGGGGCGGCUCACGGUGCUGCUCCAGGAGCUCUGCAACCUCCUCAUCCAGCAGGCCUCUAAUUAUCUCAGCCCGGAGGGCCUCCUGAGAAGUGAGGUGGAGGAAAGUCAGAGGAAACUGCACGUGGCCGUGGACACAUUGAGCUUCUUCAAGCAGGUGUUUCAGGACAGAAGGGAGCAUCUCCGUACUUACUUCAAAGAGAACCAGGAGGUCAGGGAGUGGGAUUUCCAGUCUUCUUUGGUCUUCGAGAGAUUGGAUGGCUUCCUUGGGCGGCUGCUCAAGGUCCAGGAUCUUCUGAAGACAACCCUGGAUUUUCACCAACUGGGAAAGCUUGAAUUUAGUGGCAUCAGAGGAAAUGCCCUAAGUCGGCAGGUGCAGCAAAUGUACGACGGAUUUCAAGAGAUGUAUGGGGUUUUCUUAGAGUCCUCCUAUGACUGCUUGGACCCCCAGAGCACGGAAUUGGAAAAUGACUUGUGUGAAUUUAACCAGAGAGUGGAAGAUCUUGACCGAAGACUGGGGACUGUCUUCAGUCAAGCCUUCGAUGAUGCCCCCGAUUUGGAGCAUGCCUUUAAGCUGCUAGAUAUAGCAGGGAAACUUCUGGAAAGACCGCUGGUAGCACAAGAUGUAUCGGAAAAAUACCUGCUGCUCAUCCAGGCGUUCAUCCAAGACCUGGACACAGUGCGGGCGAUCUAUAGUCAGCGUGUCCAGGAGGAGGCAGAGCUUGGGUUCUCCUCGGUGCACAAGAACAUGCCCAGUGUGGCCGGGGGUCUCCGCUGGGCGCGGGAGCUGCGGCAGCGCAUCCAGGGGCCCUUCGCCAGCUUCAGACGCGUCACGCAUCCUUGCAUGGAAGGUGCCGAAGGAAAGCGGAUGACCCAGAAAUAUGAAGAUAUGCGCCCCCCCCGCCCCCGGUAUGAGACAAGACUUUAUGAGGACUGGUGUCAGACAGUGUCAGAGAGCUCCCAGUACAAUCUUUCUCGGCCACUCCUGAAACGUGACCCAGAGACGAAGCAGAUCGCCGUCAACUUUAACCCCCAGCUGAUUUCGGUGCUGAAGGAAAUGAGUUAUCUCGAGCCCAGGCAGAUGCACCGCGUUCCUGAGACAGCGGCGGCCAUGUUCUCCUCCAGGGAAUUCUAUCGGCAGCUCGUGGCCAAGUUGGAGCUGAUGGCAAAUUGGUACAACAAGGUGGUGAAGACUCUUGCAGAAGUGGAGUUUCCAUUAGUGGAGGAAGAGCUGUGGGGUAUCGAUCUCCGCCUGAAAGCUGCAGAGGGAACUCUGAACUGGAAAACAGAAGGCAUUUGGGAUUAUGUCAUUCAAAUCACCGAUAGCAUUCAUGAUCUCGAACAAAGAGUUCAGAAAGCUAAAGACAAUGUGGAAGAGAUCCAAAACGUCAUGAAAACCUGGGUGUCUCCAAUAUUUAAGAGAAAAGAUGGAAAAAAGGAAUGCCUUCUUUCCAUGGAGGAUCAACAUUAUCGGAUGGAAAAAUAUUACCGUCUCAUCAAAGAAUCUGGACUUAAGAUUCACGCCCUCGUUCAGGAAAAUCUAGGUCUGUUUGCAGCAGACCCAACCUCUAAUAUCUGGAAGACUUACCUUAACUACAUUGAUGAGAUGCUGCUGAAUGGAUUCUUUCUUGCCAUCGAGUGCUCCCUCAAGUACCUCCUGGAAAACACUGAAUGUAAGGCAGGCCUCACGCCGAUAUUUGAAGCCCAGCUGAGCUUAGCCAUACCGGAAUUAGUUUUCUCUCCGUCCCUGGAGUACGGCGCGAAGGGUGGUUUCUAUGACGCUGUUGAGGGUCUGAUCGCCAGCAUUUUUGGAAUGUCGUCUUUGGUGCCACGGCUUUCCCCCCAGAACGGCUCUCCCGACUACCAGGUGGACGUGGAGGGCAUGGCCCAUUUGGCAGGCAUGCGGAGCACGCUUCUGGACAGGGUGCAGAGCAUGAUGGGGCUCUGCUGCGACUAUCGGAAUGCCUUCAGCCAGUACGCGUACCUCUACGUGGAGGACCGGAGGGAGGUUCUGAGCCAGUUCCUGUUGUACGGACGCGUCCUCACCCCCGAGGAGAUGGAAGCGUACGCGGAAGAUGGCGUUCCAGAGAAUCCUCCUCUUCUCCAUCAGUUCAAAGCCCAGAUCGACUCCUAUGAAAAGCUCUAUGAAGAAGUGUGCAGGCUGGAGCCCAUCAAGGUGUUUGACGGCUGGAUGAAAAUUGACCUCCGACCCCUUAAAGCAUCUCUGCUGACUGUAAUUAAGAGGUGGAGCCUCACGUUCAAGCAGCACCUGGUCGACUACGUCACCGACAGCUUGGCUGACCUGGAAGUGUUUAUAAAGAACAGCGAGAGUGGCAUGCUCAAGAAGGUUGAGAAAGGAGAUUUCGAAGGAUUGGUUGAGGUUAUGGGACACCUCCUGGCUCUGAAGGAACGGCAGAGCAGCACCGAUGAGAUGUUUGAGCCCUUAAAGCAGACUAUUGAACUGCUGAAGUCCUAUGAACAAGAAUUGCCGGACAUGGUGUUUAAGCAGCUGGAGGAGCUGCCCGAGAAGUGGAACAACGUGAAAAAGAUGGCCGUCACCAUGAGGCAGCAGGUGGCGCCGCUGCAGGCGAACGAAGUGGCCCUCCUCCGCCAGAGGUGCUCAGCCUUUGACCUGGAACAGCAGCAGUUCUGCGAGCAGUUCCGCAGGGAAGCCCCGUUCAGGUUUGAUAGCAUUGACCCUCACCAAGUUCUGGAUGCCAGGCACAUGGAGAUCCAGCGGAUGGAAUCUACCAUGGCCUCCAUUUCCAAGUCCGCUGGCUUGUUUGAGGUCAACGUUCCCGACUACAAGCAGCUGAAACAAUGCAGGAGGGAGGUGUGCCAACUGAAGGAGCUCUGGGACACCAUCGGGAUGGUGACGUCCAGCAUCCGUGCCUGGGAAACCACCCCCUGGAAGGAGGUCAACGUGGAGGCCCUGGACUGGGAGUGUAAACGGUUUGCCAGGCGCAUCCGGAACCUCGACAAGGAGGUCAGGGCCUGGGAUGCGUUCACGGGCCUGGAGAGCACCGUGUUGAACACCCUGACCUCCCUGAGGGCAGUGGCCGAGCUGCAGAACCCAGCUAUCCGGGAGCGCCACUGGAGGCAGCUGAUGCAGGCCACGGGCGCGAGCUUCACCGUGGACGAGGAUGCCACCCUGGCCCAUCUCCUGCAGCUCCAGCUGCACCACUUUGAGGACGAGGUCCGGGGCAUUGUGGACAAAGCCGUGAAAGAGAUGGCCAUGGAGAAGACCUUGAAGGAGCUGCAGAGCAUCUGGGCCAGCAGGGAAUUCCAAUACAAGCCUCACCCGCGGACCAACGUCCCCCAGCUGCAGUCGGAUGAGGACCUCAUCGAGGUCCUGGAGGACAACCAAGUCCAGCUGCAGAACCUGAUGAUGUCCAAGUACAUCCCCUUCUUCCUGGAGGACGUAUCUGGCUGGCAGAAGAAGCUGUCCACGGCCGAUGCCGUCAUCUCUGCCUGGUUCCACGUGCAGCGCACGUGGUCUCACCUGGAAAGUAUAUUCAUUGGCUCCGAGGACAUCCGGGCUCAGCUGCCCCAGGAUUCUAAGAGAUUCGAAGGCAUUGACAUUGACUUUAAAGAGCUAGCUUAUGCUGCCCAAAAAAAUCCCAAUGUAGUGGAAACCACCAACACACCGGGUCUUUACGAAAAACUGGAAGAUCUUCAGAGCAGGUUAUACCUGUGUGAGAAGGCCCUGGCCGAGUACCUGGAUACCAAAAGGCUUGCCUUCCCUCGGUUUUACUUUCUGUCCUCUUCUGACCUGUUAGACACCCUCUCCAACUGCACAGUGCCACAACAGGUCCAACGCCAUCUUUCCAAACUCUUUGACAAUAUGGCGAAGAUGCAGUUCCAACUGGACGCCAGUGAGCAACCAACCAAGAUAAGUCUCGGCAUGUACAGCAAGGAAGGAGAGUAUGUGGCCUUCAGCGAGCCCUGUGACUGCAGCGGUCGGGUAGAAAUAUGGCUGAACCGUGUGCUUGUUCAUAUGAGGGCCACAGUGAGGCAUGGGAUGACAGAAGGUAUAGUUGCCUAUGAAGAAAAGCCAAGGGAACAGUGGCUCUUCGACUAUCCAGCUCAGGUGGCCCUGACCUGCACUCAGAUCUGGUGGACCACAGAGGUCGGCAUUGCAUUUGCCAGGCUGGAGGAGGGCUACGAGAACGCCAUGAAGGACUAUUACAGGAAGCAAGUGGCCCAGCUCAAAACACUCAUCACCAUGCUUACCGGCCCGCUCUCCCAAGGCGACCGGCAAAAGGUCACGACCAUCUGCACUGUCGAUGUGCACGCCCGGGACGUGGUGGCCAAGAUGGUCGCUCAGAAGGUGGACAGCGCUCAGGCCUUCCUCUGGCUGUCCCAGCUACGGCAUCGUUGGGAUGAUGAGGCCAAGCACUGCUUUGCCAACAUCUGUGAUGCACAGUUCCUCUAUUCCUACGAAUACCUGGGAAAUACGCCUCGCCUGGUGAUCACGCCUCUGACGGACAGAUGCUACAUCACCCUCACCCAGUCUCUGCACCUGACCAUGAGUGGAGCCCCAGCAGGACCCGCAGGCACAGGCAAGACGGAGACCACCAAGGACCUGGGCCGAGCACUGGGCGUCAUGGUGUAUGUCUUCAACUGCUCGGAGCAGAUGGAUUACAAGGCCACAAUUUCUGAUAAUAAUGCAAUAGAUGUAGAAAUGGACAGACUCUUCUCUUCCAUAAUGCGGGAGCUAGCCAACAUCACCCAUGACGGGCCCAAGUGGAUCCUACUGGAUGGCGACAUAGAUCCGAUGUGGAUCGAGUCUCUGAACACCGUCAUGGAUGAUAACAAGGUGCUGACCCUGGCGAGCAACGAGAGGAUCCCCCUGAACCCCACAAUGAGGCUCCUCUUUGAGGUCAGCCACCUGCGGACGGCGACACCGGCAACGGUCUCCAGAGCAGGAAUCCUGUACAUCAACCCGGCAGACCUGGGGUGGAGCCCUCCGGUGAGCAGCUGGGUUGACCGGAGGGAGAUCCAGACAGAGAGAGCCAACCUGACCAUUCUGUUUGACAAGUAUCUCCCCACCUGCCUGGACACACUCAGAACCAGAUUUAAGAAGAUAAUUCCAAUCCCAGAGCAGAGCAUGGUCCAGACGCUGUGCCACCUUCUCGAAUGUCUCCUGACCGAGGAGGACAUCCCCGCAGACUGCCCCAAGGAAACCUACGAGCUGUAUUUUGUGUUUGCUGCCAUCUGGGCUUUCGGUGGAGCAAUGGUCCAGGAUCAGCUCGUGGACUACCGGGCGGAGUUCAGCAAGUGGUGGCUGACGGAGUUCAAGACGGUCAAGUUCCCCUCCCAGGGAACCAUCUUUGACUACUACAUAGACCCAGCGACCAAGAAAUUCGAGCCUUGGUCCAAGCUCAUCCCCCAGUUUGAAUUUGACCCCGAGAUGCCUCUGCAGGCUUGCGUGGUGCACACGAGUGAGACCAUCCGCGUGUGCUACUUCCUGGAGCGGCUCGUGCGGCGGCGGCGGCCGGUCAUGCUGGUGGGGACCGCGGGCACGGGCAAGUCGGUGCUGGUGGGGACCAAGCUGGCCAGCCUCGACGCGGAGGAGUACCUGGUGAAGAACGUCCCGCUCAACUACUACACCACGUCCGCGAUGCUGCAAGCUGUCCUGGAAAAGCCUCUAGAAAAGAAGGCUGGCCGAAAUUAUGGCCCCCCAGGCAACAAGAAGCUUAUCUAUUUCAUCGAUGACAUGAACAUGCCGGAGGUGGACACCUAUGGGACCGUGCAGCCCCACACCAUCAUCCGGCAGCAUCUGGACUAUGGCCACUGGUAUGAUCGGAGCAAGCUGUCCCUGAAGGAGAUCAGGAAUGUCCAGUAUGUUUCCUGUAUGAACCCCACCGCAGGCAGCUUCACCAUCAACCCACGGCUUCAGCGCCAUUUCAGCGUGUUCGUCCUCUCCUUCCCGGGAGCAGACGCCCUGGCCUCCAUCUACGGCACCAUCUUGACUCAGCACCUAACACUCGGACGCUUCCCAGCGGCCCUGCAGAAAUCCAGCCCCCAGCUCAUCAAUCUGGCCCUGACCUUCCACCAGAAAGUCGCCACCACGUUCCUACCCACAGCGAUCAAAUUCCACUACGUUUUCAACCUCAGAGACUUUGCCAACAUUUUCCAGGGCAUUCUCUUCUCCUCAGUGGAAUGUGUAAAAUCCACACAGGACCUACUAAAGCUCUAUCUCCAUGAAUCAAAUCGGGUUUAUCGGGAUAAGAUGGUGGAAGAAAAAGACUUUGAUCUUUAUGACAAAAUCCAGACAGAAGUGGUCAAGAAAAUUUUUGAUGAUAUCGAUGAGACUGUGGAGCAGACCCGGAGCCUGAACAUGUAUUGCCAUUUUGCCAAUGGUAUUGGUGAACCCAAGUACAUGCCCGUACAGUCGUGGGAACUUUUGACCCAGACCCUGGUGGAAGCCCUGGAGAACCACAAUGAAGUCAACACAGUGAUGGACCUGGUUCUCUUUGAGGACGCCAUGCGACAUGUCUGCCACAUCAACCGCAUCUUGGAGUCCCCCCGGGGAAAUGCGCUGCUGGUCGGCGUGGGUGGCAGCGGCAAGCAGAGCCUGACAAGGCUCGCGGCGUUCAUCAGCUCCAUGGAUGUAUUCCAGAUCACCCUGCGGAAAGGCUACCAGGUCCCGGACUUCAAGAUGGACCUGGCCGGUUUGUGCCUGAAAGCCGGAGUGAAGAAUCUCAACACAGUGUUUCUCAUGACCGACGCCCAAGUGGCUGAUGAGAAGUUCCUUGUGCUCAUCAAUGAUCUCUUGGCAUCUGGAGAGAUCCCAGACCUCUACUCUGAUGAUGAAGUUGAAAACAUCAUAAACAGUGUGAGGAAUGAGGUCAAGAGCCAAGGUCUAGUUGACAACAGGGAGAACUGCUGGAAGUUCUUUAUAAAUCGGGUCCGACGACAACUGAAGGUGACUCUCUGUUUUUCCCCUGUGGGGAACAAGCUGAGAGUCCGCAGCCGGAAGUUCCCAGCCAUCGUGAACUGCACAGCCAUCAACUGGUUCCACGAGUGGCCUCGGCAGGCACUGGAGUCCGUCAGCCUCCGCUUCCUGCAGAACACAGAAGGCAUCGAGCCCACGGUCAAGCAGUCGAUUAGCAAGUUCAUGGCUUUUGUCCACACGAGCGUCAACCAGAUGUCUCAGUCUUAUCUGAGCAAUGAGCAGCGCUACAACUACACAACUCCCAAGUCGUUCCUGGAGUUCAUCAGACUCUACCAGAGCUUGCUGCGCAGAAAUGGAAAAGAGCUCAGGUCCAAAAUGGAGCGUCUCGAGAACGGGCUGCUGAAGCUACACAGCACCUCUGCCCAGGUGGAUGGCCUGAAAGCCAAGCUGGCCGCCCAGGAGGGGGAGCUGAGGCAGAAAAAUGCGGACGCGGACGGGCUGAUUCAGGUGGUCGGCAUAGAGACGGGCAAGGUGAGCAGGGAGAAGGCUGUGGCCGACGAGGAGGAGCGGAGGGUGGCCGUCAUCAUGCUCGAGGUAAAGCAGAAGCAGAAGGACUGUGAGGAGGACCUGGCCAAGGCGGAGCCGGCGCUUGCGGCUGCCCAGGAGGCGCUGAACACCCUCAAUAAGACCAACCUGACCGAGCUGAAGUCGUUCGGGGCCCCGCCUCCGGCUGUCAGCAACGUCAGCGCCGCGGUCAUGACCCUCACGGCCCCCGGGGGCAGGGUGCCCAAGGACCGGAGCUGGAAGGCCGCCAAGGUCACCAUGGCCAAAGUGGACGGUUUCCUGGACUCCCUCAUCAACUUCGACAAGGAGAACAUUCCCGAGAGCUGCCUCAAGGCCAUCAGGCCGUACCUGCAGGACCCGGAGUUCAACCCCGAGUUCGUGGCCACCAAGUCGUACGCGGCCGCUGGCCUCUGCUCCUGGGUCAUCAACAUCGUGCGGUUCUACGAGGUCUUUUGCGAGGUGGAGCCCAAGCGCCAGGCGUUGAGCAGAGCCACCUCGGACCUCACGGCCGCCCAGGAGAAGCUGGCGGCCAUAAAAGCCAAAAUCACACACCUUAAUGAAAACCUGGCCAAACUCACAGCCAAGUUCGAGAAAGCAACGGCAGACAAACUCAAAUGUCAGCAAGAAGCUGAAGUGACCGCAGGUACCAUCUCACUUGCAAAUCGCCUGGUGGGAGGACUCGCCUCCGAGAACGUGAGGUGGGCAGAAGCCGUGCAGAACUUCCGACAGCAGGAGAGCAAGUUGUGUGGAGACAUCUUACUCACCACAGCUUUCGUGUCCUACCUCGGCUUCUUCACAAAGAGAUACCGGCAGAGCCUCCUGGACAGGACCUGGAGACCCUACCUGAGCCAGCUGGAAGUCCCCAUCCCCGUCACCCCCAGCCUGGAUCCCCUGAGGAUGCUGACGGAUGAUGCCGACGUGGCGGCCUGGCAGAACCACGGCCUCCCCGCGGACCGCGUGUCCACGGAGAAUGCCACCAUCCUCCUGCACUGCGAGCGCUGGCCGCUCGCCGUUGACCCGCAGCUACAGGGCAUCCAGUGGAUCAAGAACACCUACGGCGAGAACCUCCGGGUCACCCAGAUGGGCCAGAAGGGCUACCUCCAAACCGUAGAGCGUGCCCUGGAGGCUGGAGACGUGGUGCUGAUCGAAAACCUCGAGGAGUCUAUUGAUCCUGUUCUGGGACCCCUGCUUGGGAGAGAGGUCAUCAAGAAAGGACGAUUCAUUAAAAUCGGAGACAAAGAGUGUGAAUACAAUCCCAAGUUCCGACUCAUCCUUCACACCAAGCUGGCCAGUCCUCGCUACCAGCCCGAACUACAGGCUCAGGCCACGCUGAUCGACUUCACAGUGACCAGGGACGGCCUGGAGGACCAGCUGCUGGCCGCUGUGGUCAGCAUGGAGAGGCCAGACCUAGAGCAGCUGAAGUCAGAUCUCACGAAGCAGCAGAAUGGGUUCAAAAUCACCCUGAAGAUGUUAGAAGACGACCUGCUGUCUCGCCUCUCUUCAGCAUCCGGGGACUUCCUGGGGGACACGGCCUUGGUGGAGAACCUGGAGACCACCAAGCAGACGGCCGCCGAGGUUGAGAAGAAGGUCCAAGAGGCCAAGGUGACGGAGGUGCAAAUCAAUGAGGCCCGAGAGCACUACCGGCCGGCAGCUGCCCGAGCCUCUCUGCUGUACUUCAUCAUGAACGACCUGAGCAAGACCCACCCGAUGUACCAGUUUUCUCUCAAGGCGUUCAGCAUCGUUUUCCGGAAGGCUGUGGAGAAGGCUGCUCCAGAUGAGAGGCUCAAGGAGCGCGUGACCAAUCUGACAGACAGCAUCACCUUCUCUGUGUACCAGUACACCAUCCGUGGGCUCUUCGAGUGUGAUAAGCUGACCUAUCUUGCCCAGCUUACCUUUCAGAUUCUCCUCAAGAACCGGGAAAUUGAUGCGGCGGAGCUGGACUUCCUGCUGCGAUUUCCAGGACAGACGGGCGUCACCAGUCCCGUGAGCUUCCUCUCCGAUCAGGCCUGGGGUGGCAUCAAGGCACUCACAUCAAUGGAAGGAUUCUGUAAUCUGGAUCGGGACAUUGAAGGAUCUGCCAAGAGCUGGAAAAAGUUUGUGGAAUCGGAGUGUCCUGAGAAGGAGAAGUUUCCACAGGAGUGGAAGAACAAGACAGCCCUGCAGCGUCUCUGCAUGAUGAGAGCCGUGCGGCCCGACCGGAUGACCUACGCCAUGCGCGAUUUUGUCGAGGAGAAGCUGGGAAGCCGAUAUGUGGCAGGAAGAGCGCCAGACUUUGCGACCUCGUUUGAGGAAUCAGGACCAGCCACACCCAUGUUUUUCAUCCUGUCUCCAGGGGUGGACCCCCUGAAGGACGUGGAGAAUCAAGGGAAGAAGCUCGGGUACACCUUCAACAACAGGAACUUCCACAACGUGUCUUUGGGGCAAGGACAGGAGGUAGUGGCUGAGGCGGCGCUGGACCUGGCUGCCAAGAAAGGUCACUGGGUUAUUUUGCAGAACAUCCACCUGGUGGCCAAGUGGCUUGGCACCCUGGAGAAGAAGCUGGCAGAGCACGGCGAGGACAGCCACCCGGAGCUCAGGGUCUUCAUCACUGCAGAGCCCGCGCCCUCCCCGGAGGGCCACAUCGUCCCCCAGGGCAUCCUGGAGAACGCCAUUAAGAUCACCAACGAGCCUCCCACAGGCUUGCACGCCAACCUGCACAAGGCCCUGGACAACUUCACUCAGGACACGCUGGAGACGUGUUCCCGGGAGACGGAGUUUAAGAGCAUCCUCUUUGCUCUUUGUUACUUUCACGGGGUGGUGGCAGAGAGGCGGAAGUUUGGACCGCAGGGAUGGAAUCGUUCGUACCCUUUCAACACCGGGGACCUCACCAUCUCCGUGAACGUGCUGUACAACUUCCUGGAGGCCAACGCAAAGGUCCCCUACGAUGAUCUGCGCUACCUUUUUGGAGAGAUCAUGUACGGAGGCCAUAUCACAGAUGACUGGGACAGGAGACUCUGCAGGACCUAUCUGGAGGAAUUCAUCAGACCAGAAAUGCUAGAAGGAGAGCUGUCUCUGGCACCAGGGUUCCCACUCCCGGGCAACCUGGAUUACGUUGGGUACCAUCAGGUCAAGGCCCUCCUGGAAGAAAUCCUGGAGCGAGUGACAGACGAGUUCAACAUGCCAGAGCUGCUGGCCAGAGUGGAGGAGCGCGGCCCCUACAUCGUUGUCGCCUUCCAGGAGUGUGAGCGCAUGAACGUUCUCACCAGGGAGAUUCGGCGCUCGCUGCAGGAGCUGGACCUCGGCUUAAAGGGCGAGCUGACCAUGACCAGCGACAUGGAGACCUUACAGAACGCCCUGUACCUGGACACAGUGCCGGAGCCCUGGGCCAGGCGAGCUUACCCUUCCACGGCAGGCCUGGGAGCCUGGUUUUUGGACCUCCUCAACCGAAUCAAAGAGUUGGAGGCCUGGCUAGGAGACUUGGCAAUGCCCCCCACGGUGUGGCUGACAGGCUUCUUCAACCCCCAGUCCUUCCUGACCGCCAUCAUGCAGACCACGGCCCGCAAGAACGAGUGGCCACUGGACCAGAUGGCCCUGCAGUGUGACGUGACAAAGAAGAACAGGGAGGACUUCAGGAGCCCCCCUCGGGAAGGGGCCUACAUCCAUGGCCUCUUCAUGGAAGGCGCUCGCUGGGAUGCACAGGCUGGGAUCAUUACAGAGGCGAGGCUGAAGGAUCUGACACCCCCCAUGCCUGUGAUGUUCAUCAAGGCCAUUCCUGCAGAUAAGCAGGACUGCCGCAGCGUCUAUCCUUGUCCUGUGUACAAGACAUGUCAGCGGGGACCCACCUACGUGUGGACCUUCAACCUGAAGACUAAGGAGAAGCCAUCUAAGUGGGUUCUAGCUGGAGUCGCUUUGCUUCUCCAGGUUUAG